ACUAAAUAUCCGUUCUGUGACUUCCGUUUUCAACUGAGCCAGCCGUGGAUUGCAACAUUCCUGGUAAAGCCAUCUACAGAAACUGAAAGAUGCCGAAAAAGAAGACUGGUGCACGCAAGAAGGCAGAGAACCGCAAGGAACGGGAGAAACAGACUCGAGCCAACAAGGGCUUUGUUGACGUUGCAAAGUCCCCUUGCAAUUCAGCAAUGGAAUGUGACAAAUGCCAGAGACGGCAGAAGAACAGAGCUUUCUGCUACUUCUGUGCAAACGUUCAGAAGCUGCCCCAGUGCGGUCAAUGUGGCAAAACCAAAUGCAUGAAGUCAUCAGACUGUGUCAUCAAGCACCCAGGGAUCCACGCUACGGGAAUGGGCAUGGUGGGGGCAGUGUGUGACUUCUGUGAGGCCUGGGUGUGCCACGGGAGAAAGUGCCUCAGUACCCACGCUUGCACAUGUCCUCUCAUGGAUGCCGACUGUAUCGAGUGUGAACGCUGUGUAUGGGACCAUGGGGGAAGGGUAUACCGUUGCUCCUUCUGCCACAACUUCCUGUGUGAGGAUGACCAGUUUGAGCACCAAGCCAGUUGCCAAGUCCUGGAGGCGGAGACUUACAAAUGUGCUUCCUGCAACAGACUGGGGCAACACUCCUGCCUGCGUUGCAAGGCCUGUUUCUGUGACGACCAUGUGAAGAGUAAGGUGUUCAAACAGGACAAGGGUAAAAAUCCUCCCUGUCCCAAGUGUGGCCAUGAGACCCAGGAGACUAAGGACCUCAGCAUGUCCACCCGUACGACAAAGUUUGGCCGACAGAGUGGUGCUGACGAGGAUAGCUACGGCUAUGGAGGUUAUGGAGCCUCUGGCUACGACUCCUACUGGAAGAACGUGUCAUCGUCCGGAGCAGGGGAGGGAGAUCAGGCAGAAGAUGGCGGAGAUGAUGAUGAUGAUGAUGACGAAGAGGAUGAGGAGGAAGAUGAGGAGGAGGAGGAUGAUGAGGAGGAGGAAGAAGAGAUAGCUGACUCUCUGGCCGGUCUUAAAAUUGAAGGGACCCUCGUGAUCGAAGCAGUUCCCUAGACGGAGGUUGGUUCCCAUCACAUCUCUCCACCUCUCCGCUUCCCAAAGAAGAGGACUGGAUAUAUACAAGGAGUGUGUGUGCAAUGCAUUGCAGUACACUGUAAUAAGAUGUUUAAAGUGAUAGUUCAUCACCAUAUGUGUACUGCUUGAUUGUUUCUGUAUUUGGACAUUAGCACGUUUAAAAAAGACAAACAGUAAUCCAGAAUUUCUGUAUGGCUCUUGCCUAACAUUGGUGAAAUAUCCUUUUUAAGUUUUAGGCUAAAAUAAUAUAACUUAUCAGACAGGUUAACAGUAGGUUGUAUUCAUGGAAGCCAGGCUUCCCCAAAUAUUUGACCAUUAAAACAUUUUAAAUCAUUA